GAGCACAUUGCGAGAGCAUUCCCAACCAAAGCAUCAGCAAUCGGUAAGAUUCUUCCGAUUGUCAUUGCUCGGUUCGGCAUGCUCCUGCAAGAGAGAAUAUACAGUUUGGGGGGGAAAAAAGAACACAACCAUGACGUCAUACGGCCAUAGCAAUGACGUCAUUCCGAGCAUGAGCGAAAUGUCUCUGUAGAUAGUAAAAGUGUUUCGUGGUGUGUGUGUUUUUUUGUUUUAUUCAUUAUGAUCCCCAGCGAGGAGGUAAUGUCACUCGGGCUUUAUGACCGUAGGCGCCAGCAAAGCUUGUCUGAGUUGAUUUAUUUCGCACAAAAGGUUGGCAAAGAUGCGGCAACAAAAACUCCUAUGCUUUUCUUGCUUUUCUGCCUAAAACACACUACGCUUUAGGUAGCAGCACAGCACGCUGACCUAUUGCUUGUCUUGGUGGGCCCGUCUGCUUUGCUAUCGACAACCCAGGUGCACACGCUUUACAAUCGGUAGCCAAAUCGAAUCGAUUGUCCAGUUGACCAGGUGCGACACGAGAGCCAAGCUUUACCAAAGCGCUCGGGUUAAUCUCGUCCAGCUUAUCUCGACUCGAUUCCACCAUCACUGCCACCCUCGCUAAACUGGGCAUCGGUCCUGCCCUAAAUCGCACCCGCUCCGUGGAUUCGAAAAACAAAACUGUCACCAAGCACAUGAUAAGAAUGGAUGAAUUAUUCGAGCCGAUAAUGGUCUUCGAACCUAUAAAGGGGACCUUUCUACCGAUGUAGGGGCUUAUUUGUCCAACGUUCGAAGGAAAAGUUUCAGCUUUUAGCUCGAGCGACCAAACAAACACACAUAAAAUGCGUGCUGGAUUGAUUGUGGUAGCCUUGAUGGCUCUGACGGCCAACGUCGGGGUGAAGGAGGUCGCUGGACAGAACAUCAUUCUGGAUGCGAUCAUGCGACGCAUUCUGGAGAACUUGCGUGACCUGAUGCGCACCGGAAACCCGGAAACCGGCAUGCCUGUACUUGCACCUUACCAUAAUCCGGACCUGUUCAUCAAUGCCUCGUUCGGUGGUUUGCUUGAGUUCGACGCACGCUUCACUCCAAUGAACAUUAUCGGACUGGACACGUUCGUGGGACGGCUGCAGGUCGAUCUGGCGACGCUUCGCUUCCCGUUCGAGUUCCGUUUUGCUGAGAUCAGUGCCAAUGGCUUCUACGAUGCCAAUGGCCGCCUGUGGGGUUUGAUCCCGAUCUUCGGUAUCGGCGAUUUCUCCGUGCGCCCGCGCGAUGUCGUAGCGACCGGCUUUGCCACCAUCACCGACAAUGGGCAGGGCUUCCUGAAGCUGUCCGACUUUUCGAUCAGUCUGCAGAUCGGUUCGCUCGAGAGCAACAUUCAGGGACUGCUGCUCGGCGGUGACCUCUCGGAUCUGCUGAACGCCGUCAUUCAGGACAUUGUACCGUCGGUGCUGCGUAACUUCCCCGACGGCAUGACCAACCUGCUGAACGCGCUGGUCGUACCGAUCGCAAACCGCUUCCUGGCCACCCGCACCAUGGAGGACCUGAUGGGUUUGCUGUUCCCGUAAAUGAUGCUGUGUGCUGUGGGCCGUGUUUGGUUUUGGGAUCGACUUUUGACCGUUGCGUAAAAUAAAUGCCAGCGAAUUGCUAACGCGAA